AUGGUUUUUUCCCACACCCUCUUCACGCUUAGCGUGCCUCUAUUGACGACAAUUGGGUAUGUUGUGUACUGCGGAUAUCAAAACCGCUGCAAAAUCAACAAGCUUCGCAAGCAGGGAAUCCCGAUGCCAAAAUGGAACUGGGUGACUGGCCAUCUUCUCGUGCUUCAAAAAUACGUCGACCGCCUACCGGCCGAUGCCUUUGUCCAACUUGCCAUGCAAGACCUCGCCUUGGAAUACAAAGAUACAGAAAUCUUCCUUAUGGACUUCUGGCCAAUCUACCCUCCAUUCUUUAUCGUUUUCGAUCCCGAUGCUGCAGUGCAGAUCUCAACGAAACAUGUUCUUCCAAAGCUUGAUCUGCACCUCGCAAUGAUGAAGCCUAUUGUCGGCGGACCUAAUCUGCACUCCAUGAGUGGUCAAGAAUGGAAGGAGUGGCGAGCAGUUUUCAAUCCAGGAUUCAGUAAUAGCAGUAUGAUGGAUCUCAUGCCUGCUGUCGUGGACUCUGUGGAGGUCUUUUGCGACAUUCUGAGGGAAAAGGCUGGGUCGGGGAUUCUGCGACUUGAUGAUUUGACGACUAGCCUCACAAUGGAGAUCAUCCUCAAAGUAACCCUCGACAUGGAUUCCGGUCAUCAACGCUCCCAGCACAAGCUUGCCCAUGCGCUGCAUGUAAUAACGGCAUGGCAUUCCUUCUGGGACCCUCGCAUUCUGCUCAAUCCGCUCCGACCAUUUUUUCAAAACUACUACAGCCGGGUUGUAGAGAACUGCAUAAAGGAUGAGCUACACCAGCGAUUUACAGAGAUCCAACAGGAGAAGAAGUCACCACAGUCGUCGCAAUCUGGCCCGAAUCGUGCGAAAUCAGUCAUUGCACUAGCCCUUGAAGCUUACCUUGCCGACUCAACCCUCAAAAAAGGCUCCGACAGCACUGACGAACUAGACGAGCAUUUCGCCAAGUAUGCUAGCUACCAGAUCCGCCUCUUUCUCUUCGCUGGAAACGAUACCACUUCUAGUACCAUAGUUUACACCUACUACAUGCUCUCUAAGCACCCCGAUGUGUUGACGCAAAUGCGCCAAGAACAUGAUCGCGUCUUCGGAUACGAUCUGUCCACCACCGGGCUCCUCCUCAAAUCCAAGCCCGCUCUAUUGAAUCAGUGUCCUUACACUCUCGCCGUCAUCAAAGAGACUCUCCGGCUAUUCGCACCCGCCUCGACCGCCCGUGGGGGAGGCAAAGGGCUUACACUCACCGACCGACACGGAAACGUCUAUCCAUUAGAUGACAUCGGUGCGAAUAUUCUCCACCCGUCAGUCCACUACAACCCGCGAAUUUGGCCCCGAGCAGAGGAAUUUUUACCCGAGCGCUGGCUUGUCGAUCCGGACCACGAGCUCUACCCCAACCCAGCUGCGUGGCGGCCCUUCGAACAAGGUCCCCGAAAUUGCAUUGGCCAAACACUAGUCUACAAUGAGAUGCGGACUGUUCUUGUAAUGACGGCGCGGGAAUUCGAUAUCUCGCCAGCCUAUGACGAGUGGGAUGCGAUGAACCUGCAAAAUCAAAGUUCGAUCGCUAAGCUUAGUCGCUGGGUUGGUCUAACUAAAGAAACCCCGAAGACUGUACAUGGGGAGAGGGCUUACCAGACUGAAAAAGCUGGCACACAUCCAGCUGAUGGGUACCCCUGUCGAGUUACAUUGCAUUAG